ACAAACACUUAAGAGCAAAAGGAAACAGAAAUUCUGCUACUUAAAUACUUACAACAUCAACACGAACCCAGUUUUAUAAUAUCUGGUUCGCAUGCGAUACAAAUGGACCUUUCGGACGAAGCGGAGCGAGAAGUGAAUUGCACUGACAAAGACACGGGCAGUGAUAGAAGUCCUGUUCAUGACUGCAACCAGAACUUACUCACUAAAACACUGCAUGAGAUCACCAACCAGACUGAGUCAAGUUGUGGAAACAAGUGCCAAAAGCCUAAUUCCAGCCCAUCUGCAGAGGAAAAAAUAGAGGUCAUCAAGGUGUAUCUUGAACCCAGCAGACGGAGACAACAGAAAAAUCAUCACAGUACUAAAAUGCAGACAGAUGAGGUGACCCAAAUACAGGAGGUGAGAUACUGUCUGAAAACCCUGAGGGAACAAAUGGCAGCCAGAACCAACAACAAGUUUCCAACCAAUGGAAUCCGAGUCACUGUGCCUGUGAGCAGAUCACCUGAUCCAAAAGCCAGUCCGGACGUGGAUGCCUCUGAGAGUCGGGAUGAGGAGUGUAUGAGGUUAACAGAGCUGACCAAACGUCUAUAUGCUCAGCUACAAGAGGUGGAAAAAAGACACCAGGAGGAAAAAGAGGCACUGCAGGCAGAGAACCUUGAAUACCAGCGGCGUCUGAAGGAACAGAAUGAGCGUGUACUUGAGGUCCAGAGUAAAGCUGAGGAACAAGAACGUUGCAUGGAGGAACUUCAAAGGUUUUUGGGAGAUUUGGAAGAGAAGAACACCAGCCUUCGGGAUAAGAUGGCAGCUGAUGAGGCUGCACUUAAGGAACUACAAGCACUAAAAGAUGGAGAAGAGGGAAAAAGGUGCAAAGAGCUGGAGAAUGAGUUGGCUGUUAAAAAGGAAAAACACCAUCACUUGGAUGACAUGCUGAAGAGCCAGCAGAGGAAAGUCAGACAUAUGAUUGAACAGCUUCAGAAAGCAGGAAUUAUGAUGGAGGAGAGAGGGCGUGUGAUUGGUGAUCUAGAGGAGAAAGUGGCGUUUCUGGAGGCAGAGAACAGGGAGAUGCGGGACCGGUUGGAGGUCUGCUUAGGUGAUCAGACAUCUAGUUCUCUUACCUCUGAGAGAGAAGCUCAAAUUGUCUACAGCAAGGCUCUGACACCAACAAGUUCUGGAAACAAAUCCCUUCCCUUCAUUAAAGUGAUUGAGACCAAGUCCUGAGCAGGAGAAAAACAGGAAGGUGAAAACUGAACUUGGCUGGCUGAAGAAACCUCAGUUAAAAACUACGAAUCAACCACAGAAAAAGAGGACCAUAACACCUACAUCGAUCAGCCAUAACGUUAAAACCACCUCCUUGUUUCUAAA